AUGCUGCCCUGGAAGUUCGUGAUCUUGAUAGUCUGUCGAACAGGAAUGGCAGCACUGACCAGCAGCGAUGGUCCUUUCGAUUGCGGCGAUGAGCCGUACAUGAUGAUGGAGGAAGUCCUUCACAACAACCUGGGCCACAAAGGUCCGCACCAGGGUUCCGAGGGCAUCCUCUACAAGGCUGUGGAGUACUACCGGAACAUGCACCGUGACGUGCAAGUCCAUCUCCACACGGACUCGCUCUACAACCCCUGGAAUGUUUUCGCCAAUGGCUUGAACGGCCGCUUCGGCGUUUUCAACCAGCUUUCUGGGCAUCCCUUGGAUGUGACCUUCAGGUUCACCGACUUGACCGGCAAACCGCUGAUACUCAAGUCGUUCAGCCUUUCCAUCUACGACAUGGACAGGGACCAGAAUCCCGGUGAAGGCGUCGAAAACGUGACGCCUGUGACGACAGUCCACCGGGUGUAUCGAACCAGCGAUACUCUGGUCCAGGAGAACUCGGGCAGUUACCUCGGCACUGUGCCCGGAACCUACGACGACAACCCCGUGCAGGUAGUGGCCCAGUCCAAAGCAGACGAGGAUAAGUGCCUGGUCCUGGAGUACAAGGACGUGCACACAGUCCGCAUCACCUUCGACUCUACCAAGGGCUUCGCGGCGCGAACCACGCAGUUUUGCUUGCUCAACGCCCUGAAGUGCAAGGUCAAACCUGACAAGCCUUCCUCCUGGCACGUUCCUGUUGGGAGCGGCUUCGUGCCGGUCCUCGAAGAGCAGGAGGGCUUUUCUCAUAGUAAUAGCAAUAGGGAGUGUUUGCCAAGUUCUUGUGCCAGCUUUGGAAAGCUUUUGCGAGGGAGUUCAGCAAGACAGCUGUCAAAGGAUUCAGUGCGCUCAUGCCUGGUGUCCCACGCCCGUCAAAGAACGAAGCUUUGGAACCAACCGCACUCAACAAGCGGAGAAGGUACAAUCAUGCAGAAAGCUUACCUGUGGUUUUCUUCAUCAAGCUGCAAUCUCUAUUAUCCUGCAUAUCCCAGCCAUUCCCUGCCCGAAAUCAUUGGCCUGGAGGUUCGAGCUUGCCAUGCAGACAGUGCUGUUCCGCAGCCCAUAAUGCCUUUCAUUGCGAAUCUACAAAGCCUUCCGCCCUAA